GAAUUAACGGUUUUUGUAAAUAUUUGAAAAAUUUCGAAAUCAGUAUUAUAUAGUUUAUUGAUAUUUGCUAAAAUUAUUAAAUAUAUUUUGAUUAGUGUAUAGUAGCAGACGUAAAACCAGACAAAGCUGUCUGCUGUGUGAACAAAAAAAGGUUGCCAUAUUAAAAAAAAUAAAGAAUUAUUACAAAGUGGGAGGGUCAACCAACUUGAAUUUAGUUCAACCGCAGUCUGGACUGUGGUUGAACUUUUGUGGUUGAGCUCGCAAAAUUUGGUCGAGCACAACCUUGGUUGAACUUUUUGUUAACCAUAAAACGGUAAUCGAGCUCAACCGUGACGAAUUGGUUAACGAAAAAAUACCGAUUGAGCUCAAUUUAGGUUUAGGUUGAGCUAAAAAGUUGACGAUAAAACGCACCCCAGCAUAGUUUUAGCAACAAAGAGAAUAAAUUACUCGACAGAAUUUCGCCAUCUGUCGUUUUUUUUUCUUGUUGCAUAUCCACUUUCAUAUUGUCCUGUGAACCAAAACGUCGUAAUGUCGUUGAUGUUUUCAAAGCAGAAUGGAGCCAUCCACACUAAUUAGUCAGCUUCAGUCAUGGGAUUCGAACGUUUCGAGAUUGUGUUGGAGAACCGUAAUGGGAUUUUUUACCCAGGUCAAACUAUUAUCGGCACCGUCAACGUAUCAAAUAACAAGAGUGAAACCAUAAAAGGUAUUCAGGUUGAAUGCAGUGGAGUGGCAGAAGUUCGCAUCCCAGGGAAAGAUUCGAAAAACACUUACAGUUCGAUAGGAUGUGAAUUUUACUGCGCGAGUGAACAAUAUUUCGAUUUCAAAUUCUCACUAGUCAAUCCAGGACAGCAUGCUGUCGAAUUGGCGGCAGGUCACCACCAGUAUCCGUUCUCCUUUGUUCUGCCAACGCAGAUCCCUCCAUCGUUCGAAGGGGCCUACGGUCAUAUUCGCUAUAACAUCAAAGCUGUCGCCCAACGUACUUGGCUAAAGCGAGAAUACGUUUGCAACAGCAAUCUUACUGUCAAUGCUAUCGCUGAUCUCAAUGCAAUGCCCAAGGCAGAGCUACCAGUUAAAAAAAUCAAGUCAAAAACACUUGGUCUACUAUGUUGCAAAUCUGGCCCCAUUUCUGCACAAGCGCGGAUCGAUCGCGCUGGUUACGUACCGGGAGAAACGAUCAUUUUGCAAGCACAUACCGAUAACGAGAGUGGUAUAUCGAUGCGGGGUUCCAAAGCCCAACUUGUCCAGAUUACCAAAUUUGUCGCUGAAGGGCAUACAAAUUUCGAGUCUAAAGUCCUAAAAGCUUACAUUCACGAAAGCUUUAUUGAUAUUGAUGUUAUGGAUAAUGUAAAAUUCAUCAUUCCUCAAGUUCCGCCGUCUAGUUUGCCAUUUUGCGGGAUCAUAGAUAUAUCCUACCAAAUUCAGUAUAUAGUUGAUCCUGGUACUUUGUCGAUUAACUUGACCAUCAACCUUGAUCUGAUGAUCGGGACUAUUCCACUUCGUUCUCAUAUGGUCUCAAGCGCAACCGAAGCUUUAAAUGCUUCCGGACCGGUUCUCGAUCAUUGGGCGAUUCCUGGUGUUGGUGGAAGUGAAUGGGCUCGCCCGUCUGCUCCUCCGCCGAGUUAUGAAGAAAUUAUUCAAGCGGGAGACUCACGACAUGCAGUAAAGUUGUAACUGACUGCUAUUCACAUGUUCUUUGGUCAAAAUGCAAGUUUAGUUAAAUUUCAUAAUAUUUGAGUUAUCAAAUAAAAGCUUAAACUUA